AAGCAUCUGACGCUUCUUGAAAACAUGUCGCCCAUGAAGCUGUGUGUUCCAGGUGAAAGGCUUUGCAGCACGGAGGACUGUAUUCCGGGUACCGGCACAUAUCUGAGGCACGGCUGCAUCUUCGCAUCACUCGCGGGUUACGUGUUGAGGAAGAACGAGGGAGAAGAGCUCCCAGUGAUUUCAGUGGUUAGAGAGACAGAAGCACAGCUUUUGCCUGACGUCGGUGCCAUUGUCACCUGCAAGGUGACAAGUAUCAACCCAAGAUUUGCUAAAGUCCACAUUUUAUAUGUGGGGUCGACACCGCUAAAAGACCGCUUUAGAGGCACGAUCAGACGAGAAGAUGUGAGAGCGACAGAGAAGGAUAAAGUGGAGACAUACAAAAGCUUCAGGCCAGGAGACAUCGUCCUUGCUAAAGUUAUCUCUUUAGGUGAUGUGCAGUCGAACUACCUGCUGACUACAGCGGAGAAUGAGCUUGGUGUUGUGGUGGCCCACAGUGAAGCUGGCGCUCAGAUGGUCCCCAUCAGCUGGUGUGAGAUGCAGUGUCCACGCACGCACGCUAAAGAGUUUCGCAAGGUAGCGCGGGUACAGCCGGAGUACCUGCAGGCAUGACACGCUCACCACGUCCUUUAACCACACCCACUGGAACACACAGCUUCAAAGACACGCCCUCCUGCUUGACUCACAAAUGUCUGUGCCAAUCAACGUGUUUGGAAUUUCAGAUGUGAUCUGAAUGUUAAUUCUCAACAUUCCACACGGCUUGUAACGCCUAGAAAUUGCACACUUCGUAACCUGUUAAAAGUGACGAAUUAAUAACAUUUGACCAUGAUUAGAAUGUAGUCAGCAGCUCUGGCAUUUAUGACACUUAAUAAUACUCAUGCAAUAUUACAUGUUGGAUUGUUUAGAGCUUCUACAAACAUUACAGAACAGGAGUGGGUAAUCUCAUUUAGUGUUGAUUACAUGCUUCUGAAGUUACACUGUACUUCAUAUUACCAAACUUGUGUUCUGAAAGUUAAGAGUUUGUGGAAAUAUGGAUAUCUCAUGUCGGAUUCAUUUUUGACACCAGAAUCAAUAAUGAUGACCACCUAUGUUUUGCAUUGUAACAACUUUCAUACUGUUAAAGGGACGGUUCAUGCAAAAAUGAACAAUUAUUUACUUACCCUUAUGUCAGUACAAACCUGUAGUUUAUUCUGCAUAACACAAAAGAAGAUAUUUUGAAGAAUGUUGGUAAUCAAACAAUACUGAACCCCAUUUACUUUCAUUGUAUGUAUACAAACCACUGAUACAUCUAUAAAAAUCUCUUCUUUUGUGUUCUUAACAGUUUUCUAUGCCUUAAAUUCUGUAAGAAAAAAAUGUCCCGAUGAAAAACAUGCAAGACCGUGCUAAAAAGGUUUCCAUUUUUGGGAAAAAUGUAAUUCAGCAGGUUUAUUUUCCAAAGUAGAAAUCUGGAUUAUAUAGGAAUUGUACAGUAUCUCAAAUCACAUUCAGCACAUAAUCCUGGCAGAAUACUUUUUUGAAGUAAAGUUUAUUGAGGUUAUUUUUGGCGACACUGUUUUCAAACCCUAAAAAAGCACAUGUAUUGCAAAAAUAGUUGUUCUGAGAUGAUAUUUUUUUGCUGCUUUCCUUUGGAAAUAUCUUUUGUUCUUUAUUUUUUCUAUUCUAUCAUUUCGUCUGUAACUGAUUUAAAAGGUCAUGUGUUUACAAGAGGAGAAAUAAAGCAUUUUACAGAACACA